AAGGUUGUCUCUACACCGUCCGUCAAAAACGAAUUACGUAUCGGACGGUAUGAUAAAGAUCUGGUUCAAUUAGCCAUCAGAAUUGUGCCAGCUGGAUUAAUUACUCAAUUUUUCCUGUCUUGAGAUUCCUAAACCGGGGGCUAAGCAUUGAAAAUGCAAAAGGAACGUUUAUAACAACACAAAAUUCUUAGAACCAUUUAAGAGUUCUUCUCAUCCUUGCUGUUGACUUGGCGUCGCUCGCUCGAUCUCUCUAUUUUAAGGUAUUUGGGGGUUUGGAGGUGUAGCAAAUUAGCAAUGGCCAGUGGUUUUGGGGAAUCAACAAGCAGGUCACCCCAAAGCCCUUCUUACUCUAACAGCAACAGUAAUGGUGAUGCUGGUAAUUUUGAAUGCAAUAUUUGCUUUGACUUAGCUCAAGAUCCGAUUGUGACUUUAUGUGGUCAUCUUUUCUGCUGGCCGUGCCUUUACAAAUGGCUCCACAUUCACUCUAAUUAUCGAGAAUGCCCAGUAUGUAAGGCCGUAAUUGAGGAGGAGAAGUUAGUCCCUUUGUAUGGCCGGGGAAAAACGUCAGCUGACCCGCGAUCAAAAUCCAUCCCUGGUGUUAAUAUUCCAAAUCGUCCCGCAGGGCAGAGACCAGAAACUGCUCCUCCACCAGAACCAAAUCAUUUUCAUCAACAUCAACAUGGUUUUGGCUUUAUGGGAGGGUUUGCACCAAUGGCAACGGCAAGAUUUGGGAAUUUCACUUUAUCUGCUGCUUUUGGUGGUCUCAUUCCUUCGUUGUUUAACCUUCAGGUGCAUGGGUUCCCGGAUCCUGCCAUGUACGGGGCAGCUGCUGGCUUUCCUUAUGGGUUUACUAAUUCAUUUCAUGGUGGUCAUGCACACGGAUAUCCUCUGCAUACCGGUCAAGGGCAGCAAGAUUAUUAUCUAAAGAGACUGCUUUUGUUUAUUGGUUUUUGUGUUCUUCUUGCUCUUAUUUGGCAAUAGGUAUAUCAACAAUUUGAGCUCAAGGGCUAGCAGGUGUUGAGGCAUGUCAUCUAUGCCGUGUCUGUAAAUCUGUUAGUGCAUAUUCUCUUAACUCUUUUCUCUUUUCAUUGUUAUUAUUUUUUCUUUUUGGGUGACUGAGAAAUUGUUUAUAUCAUACUUUUAGAAGUGUUGUAGUUUCUUUGAUGUUUGUGCUUAGCAUGUGGAAUGCAACUUGUGCAAUUUUUGUUUCUCAAGA